AUGUCAAUUGUCAAUUGUCAUUAACAUUGUUUAUUAAUGAUUAAUAAUUAUUUAUCAUUACCCAUUAUUAGUUGGAACUUUGGAAGUAUAAAUCAUAAAAGACAAUAUAAUUCAUAAUUAGGAUGGUGUAAUUUGGCAAUAAUAAAUAAUGUCGUCAGUUCAACGUGCAUUUGCUCAUAAAUUGAGCAAACAUCAUGCUGCUGAUGUUAGACGUCAAAUAGCAACGUCAACAUCAUAUUCACAAAAUUUAUCAAAAAGUGGCAGUAGUGUAUCAGGUUUUUCAUCAACAAUGUCAUUAUGUGAAAUUCUUGAACCUCUUGAUUAUGAAGAUUUUUUAAUUCAACAUCAGGCAAUAUUAGAUCGUGAACCACUACGUCAAAUUCUUGAUUUUCCACCAGGUGAUGUUGAGCUUAGAAUAAUAAAACGUAAAAUAAAAACAGAAGAACCAAUUAUUCCAAGUGAAUCAAUUGACACUGUUUCUCCAUAUGUUAAACGUUGUAUACAAACAUUUACAUCUGAUUGGAUUGUUAUUAAUCGUAAAUGUAAAGGUAGAGCAUCACCAAUUGCCAGAGAACGUCUACUUUUAGAUGCACCAAGACAAGAUUUUGAAAUUGAUCAAGAUCAAAGUGGUUUUUUAUCACCAAAUGACGAUGAAGAUGUAUCAAAUUCUGAUACACCAAGAGGUUCAUGGGCAAGUUUAGAUUUACGUCAUUCUCAACAUGAUCCAUUGCUACCUGGUCUUCUUGAUAGAGUUUGUCCAGAGACAAUUGAUCAAAUGAAUGAACAAAAACGUUGUGAAGAUCGUCAAGAUGGAUUAUUUCCACUUUAUUCACCACCAACAUCACCUGAUGAUGAAUGGUCAGAAAUAAAUCCAGCAUUAGAACCAUCAGAACCAUUUUCACAUAGAAUUCUUAUUAAAUGUUUACAACUUAAACUUGAUCUUGAAGUUGAACCAAUAUUUGCAACAAUUGCAUUAUAUGAUGCAAAAGAAAAAAAAAAAGUAUCAGAAAAUUUUUAUGUUGAUAUGAAUUCUGAGAGUAUAAAAAAAAUGCUUGGUAGUCAUAUUGCUUAUAGUGAUGCAAGUACAUUAGCAAGAAGUUGUGUAUUAAAUAUAUCAAAACCAAGUCCAGAUUUAUUUUUAGUUAUUAGACUUGAAAAAGUAUUACAAGGUGAUAUAUCUGAAUGUGCUGAGCCAUAUUUAAGAGAUGAUAAAAAUAAAGAUAAAGUUAAAGCAGCAGCAAUUGCAGCAUGUGAAAGAUUAGGAAGAUAUCGUAUGCCUUUAGCAUGGACUGCAAUUCAUUUAUCUGGAGUUAUUGGAGGUGGUGGUAAUGGUGUCGGUGGUGGUAGUGGUGGUAAUAAUAAUAGUGAUGCAGAUAGUACAGGAAGUGCUGGUUCUCUUGAUCGUAAAUCUGGUGGUAGUCUUGAACAAUGGAGAAAAAAAAUUGAACAACCAACACGUCGUGGUUCAUUAGAAAGACGAAGUUCAGAUAAACGAAGAAGUUGGUCACCUGAUGAUUUUGCAAAUUGUCUUGAUAGUUUUCGACCAAUAACACUGACAGUUAAAAGUUUUUUUAAACAAGAAAGUGAACGUCUUCGUGAUGAAGAUCUUUAUAAAUUAUUGGUUGAAUUACGUCGACCUGGAUCAAAUCUUAAAAGAUUAAAAUGUCUUGCUGGUGUAUUAAAACUUGAUUUAAGUCCACGUCCUGAUGAUUUAUCACGUUGUUUAGAUCCUGAUCUUCGACGAUUAUCACCAUAUCCAGAUGAAAAAAGUCGUCCAAUAAAAGAAGUUCUUGAAUUUCCAUCUGAAAUUAUUGGUCCUGAUUUAACAUACAGAAAUUUAUUGUAUGUUUAUCCAAAAGAAGUAAAUUUUAAUUCAAGAACAGGCUCAGCACGUAAUAUUGCUGUUAGAAUACAAUUAAUGGGUGGUGAACAAGAAGCUGAUGCAUUAACUGCAAUAUUUGGUAGAUCAUCAUGUCCAGAAAUGACACAUGAAUAUUAUUCAUCAGUAUCAUAUCAUAAUAAAAAUCCAAAUUUUUAUGAUGAAGUUAAAAUACGUUUACCAGCUGAUUUAAGUGCACGACAUCAUUUAUUAUUUACAUUUUAUCAUAUAAGUUGUCAAAAAAAAGCUGAACAACCAAAUGUUGAAACACCAGUUGCUUAUACAUGGUUACCAUUACUACGUGAUGGUCAUUUACAAUCUGGUGAAUUUAGUUUACCAGCAAUGCUUGAUUUUCCACCUUCAAAUUAUUCAUAUAUUGCACCAGAUGUACAAUUACCAGGUACUCGUUGGGUUGAUGCACAUAGAGGUGUAUUUAAUGUUAUACUAGAACCAGUUUCAAGUGUACAUCCACAAGAUAAAUAUAUUGAUAAAUUUCUUGGUCUUUGUGGAUCAUUAGAAACAUGUCAAGUACCACCAAGAAUUGGUGAAGCAGGCAUGGAAAAUGAACUUAAAAAUGCACUACUUGAAUUAUCAAAAUCAUCAUCAGCAUCAUUAGUACGUUCACUACCUCAAUUAUUUGAUCAAUUAAUAUAUUUAUUAGUUGUACCACCAACAUUACCAUCACAAUCAUUAAAUAUUGCUGCAACUGUUUUUGAGGCACUUGGUUUAUUAGUAAAAAAUAUAACAAAUUUACCAGAUGGACAAGUUGAUUCACAUGGUAGACAUGCACUUUUAGCAACUUAUACAGCAUAUCAAUGUACAUUACCAAGAGUAUCAAAUUGUUCAGGUGUUAUACGUGCACAAAGUAAUCCUGAUUUACCUGUUGAAGAUCUUGAAAUGGAAAUUCAUGCAAGAGGUCUUGAUAGAACAGCAUCAAUGAGACAAGAAGCACCAUUAAUAAAUAGUCAAAUAUCAAGAAGAUUACUUCAUGAAGAAAUUGCAUUACAUUGGGUUGUAUCAACUGGACAAGCUCGUGAAUUAGCUAUUAUUUAUUCAUGGUUUUUUUUAGAAUUAAUUGUUAGAUCAAUGGUUAUUCAUCUUGCUGAAGUUGGUGCAUUAGAAGCACCAAGAAAAACAAGAUUUUCACCUCAAUUUACUGAUGAUGUUGCAACAUUAACAGCAGCAUUAACAAUGGAAGUUAUUAAUCGUUGUGGUAAAGAUCCAAAAAUUGCAUCAAAUUUAAUAUCAAGUAUUGGUAAUUUUUUAUCUGAUUUAUUAUCAAUAAUGGAUAGAGGAUUUGUAUUAUCAUUAAUAAGAGCAACAUGUUGUUCACUUGCUGAUGCAUCAAUGCAUCAUACUGAUUCAGCAGCAUUAUUUUCAUUAAAACUUGAUUUAUUAAGAACAAUAUGUUCACAUGAGCAUUAUGUUGCUCUUAAUCUACCAUUUGGUACUGGUUAUACAUCUGGUUCAGCACCAGUAUCACCAAGUCCAUCAACUGGUAGUUCAGGUAGUUUAAUAUCAACUCUAGUACCUGGUGAACGUGCAAGAUUUUCUGAAUUAAGUCAAGAAUUUCGUCAACAACAUUUUUUAGUUGGUUUAGUACUUUCUGAUUUAUCAAAUACACUUGAAAUACCAAAUCCAUCAUUACAAAAUAAAGCAAUUGGAACAAUAAGACAUUUAAUGGGAUGUCAUGAUAAUGAUACAAGAUAUUUAGAACCAGGUACAAAAGCAAGAGUUGCUGCAUUAUAUUUACCUUUAUUAAAUAUAUUAAUGGAUGCAUUACCACAGUUAUAUCAUUGGGAUGCAAAAGAUAAAAAUGUUUAUACUGAUGAAUCUGGCUCAAUAACACAAUCAGUUGCACUUGCAAUUGCUGGUGGUGGUGGUUUAACUGAUAUAUCAUCACAAUGUCGUGUAUCAUUAAGUUCAGAAUCAACAAGACAUUUAUUAAUGUGUUUUUUAUGGGUUUUAAAAGAUCUUGAACGUUCAGCACUUGCACAAUGGUGUUCUGAAUUAUCAGCAAGAAAAAUAUUAAAUCUUUUACAAGUAUUAAAUCUUGUAACAGCUGCAUUUGAAUAUAAAGGAAAAAAAGCAUUAAAAAGAUUACCACAACAAGCAAAUGUUACAAGUGAUAUACGUUCAAGAUUAGAAGAUGUUAUAUUAGGUCAAGGUAGUGCUAGAUCAGAUAUGAUGCUUAGAAGAAAAGAAAGAAUAACAGGUGAUAAAUUAAGAUGGAGAAAAGAUCAAAUGCCAUAUAGAACAAAUGAAAUGUCUGAGGGACGUGCUGUUGAACAAGAUGCACAAAUUGAAGGUGCUCUUGCUGCUGAGGCAUCACUUGUUGUUCUUGAUACACUUGAAUCAGUUGUACAAGCUGAUGGUGGUGGUGGUGGUGUUAUUGUUGGUGCUGUACUUAAAGUAUUACUUCGUGCAUUAGCAAGAAAUCAAAGUACAUCUGUACUUCAACAUAUGUUUAAUACACAACGUGCACUUGUAUUUAAAUAUCAUUCUGUAUUAUUUGAUGAAGAAUCUGAACGUUGUGGUGAUCUUUGUUUAACAUUAUUAACACGUUGUAGUUCACGUUUAAGUGCUAUUAGAAGUCAUGCUGCUGCAAGUUUAUAUUUAUUAAUGAGACAAAAUUUUGAAAUUGGUAAUAAUUUUGCUCGAGUUAAAAUGCAAGUAACAACAUCAUUAUCAGCAUUAGUUGGACGUGGUAGAGCACCAAGUGAAGGUGCAUUAAGACGUGCACUUAAAACAGUACUUGUUUAUGCUGAACGUGAUACUGAACUUGCUGAUACAAGUUUUCCUGAACAAGUUAAAGAUUUAUUAUUUAAUCUUCAUAUGAUACUAUCAGAUACAGUUAAAAUGAAAGAAUUUCAAGAAGAUCCAGAAAUGUUAUUAGAUCUUAUGUAUAGAAUUGCUAAAGGUUAUCAAGGUUCACCAGAUUUAAGAUUAACAUGGUUAGCAAAUAUGGCACAACAACAUAUGGAAAGAAAAAAUCAUACAGAAGCUGCAAUGUGUUUAAUACAUUCAGCAGCAUUAGUUGCUGAAUAUUUACAUUUAUUAGAACCUGGUGGUGGUGGUAGACCAGUUGGUGCUGUUGCACUUGCUACAAUAUCACCAAAUGCACUUGAAGAAAGUGCUGUUGGUGAUGAUGUACUUGCAAGAAGAGAAGAGGGUCUUUGUCUUGGACCAGAUUUUUCAGAAAGUGGUCUUGCUGGUUUACUUGAACAUGCUGCAAGUUCAUUUCAUGCUGCUGGUAUGUAUGAAGCAAUACCAGAUGUUUAUCGUGUAUUAUUACCAAUUGCUGAAUCAGCACAUGAUUAUAAAAAAUUAGCAAAUAUACAUGGUAAACUUCAUGAAGCAUAUACUAGAGUUGAACAAUUAUCUGGUAAACGUGUUUUUGGUACAUAUUUUCGUGUUGGUUUUUAUGGUGGUAAAUUUGGUGAUUUAGCUGGUGAAGAAUUUAUAUAUAAAGAACCAACAUUAACAAAAUUACCAGAAAUAUUUUCAAGACUUGAAAAUUUUUAUGCUGAAAGAUUUGGUUCUGAUAAUGUUGUUAUUAUAAAAGAUUCAAAUUUAGUUGAUCCAAGUAAAUUAGAAACAGAUAAAGCUUAUGUACAAAUAACAUAUGUUGAACCUUAUUUUGAAAAUCAUGAAUUACGUCAUAGACCAACAGUAUUUCAUCGUAAUUUUAAUGUUAAACGUUUUAUUUAUGCAACACCAUUUACACCUGGUGGUAAAGCACAUGGUGAAUUACGUGAACAAUGUAAAAGAAAAACAAUUUUAACAGUUGCAACACAUUUUCCAUAUUUAAAAACAAGAAUACGUGUUGUUGCUAGAAAACAAAUUGUUCUUAGUCCAAUUGAAGUUGCUAUUGAAGAUAUACAAAAAAAAACAGCUGAAGUUGCUGCAGCAACACAACAAGAACCACCAGAUCCAAAAAUGUUACAAAUGGUAUUACAAGGUUGUAUUGGAACAACUGUUAAUCAAGGACCAGCUGAAGUUGCUGUUGUAUUUUUAUCAGGACUUAAAGAACAAAAUAUUCAACCUUCAAAAUUACAACAUAAAUUGCGACUUUGUUUUAAGGAUUUUUCAAAAAAAUGUCUUGAUGCAUUGAGAAGAAAUAAAAAUCUUAUUGGACCAGAUCAAAGAGAUUAUCAAAGAGAAUUGGAAAGAAAUUAUCAAAAAUUAACUGAACGAUUAGCACCAGUUAUUGCUUGGAGUGGACCUCCUUCAUUGAUUAAUCAACAAACAAUAUCCACAACAUCUCCACGUUGGUGAAAUUAAAAAAUA